AUGCAAAUGGUUCAAGAAUUGGAAAUGGAAAUGAUGUCAGAUUUGUAUCGUCGGAUGACUAAUGUUUGCCAAGAAAAGUGCAUUUCAAAGAAUUAUAAAGAAGGAGAAAUUACUAAAGGUGAAGCUGUUUGUCUUGAUAGAUGUGUAGCUAAAUAUUUAGAUGUUCAUGAAAGAUUAGGAAAAGUAUUGUCUUCAAUGUCACAGACAGAUGAAGCUAGUAUGCAAAAGCAGACUCUUUAA